AGGGGAGCUUUUGCUGUUAAAAAGAAUCAACCCACCCGCUAACCACUUUGGACUCGGAUUGUUUGCAAACUCCUGAUAUGUGCAAUCACGUCCGAGUUUACGGUUCAUCCUAGGAGACCCCUUAUCCACUGGGCCACCUGUGAGAGUUAUGAGUUCUCUUUCAGUUGCAUUGGACUCAGCAGGAGAAUUAUGAAUGGAUAAGUGACUGAGAAAGACUGAGUGGUCCCGACGACAACCAAUUAUCAUGCCAAAAACUGGUAGAUGUUCCAUUUCCGAUUCUAUGCUUGAUUAGUGGUCUAACUACAGUUCUGAGAUGCAGAAGCUUUCUCCACAUUCAACUGCAUUGCUGAGGAGACGAAGACAAGGUGGUGGAACUCUGUCGAAAUAUUCCAGAGGGGCCAUUGCACAUCUUAACCAUACACAAUGACACAGUCCUCCACAUGGCUACUUACUCCAAACAAAAUGACUUGGUACUCAAAUUACUUGAGGAGUUUCCUGGAAGUCAUCUUGACAAGAUGAGCCUGCAGAACGACAUUGGAAACACCAUACUCCACGAGGCAGCCACUUCAAAUAGAAAUGUGCCUGUCGCGAAGGAAAUGUUGCGAAGAGAACCAAAGUUGUUAUAUAUGCGCAACCAGGGUGGAGAGACUGCUCUAUUUCGUGCUGUCCGGUAUGGAAAAAAAGAGAUGUUUGAGUUUUUAGAUGGUGAAGUGAUCAAGAAAAUCUUUGAAAGUGAAGGCGGAGAAGAAGAUCAAGAAGCAUUUUAUCGAAGGGAAGAUAAAACCACCAUACUUCACAUGUCCAUCCUCACGGAGUAUUUUGAGUUGGCUGUUUUGAUUGCCAAAAAAUAUGAGUAUUUAGUUGGUGAGCAAGAUGGAGAUGGGAUGACUGCUCUUCAACUCCUUUCAAGCAAACCAUCAGCAUUCAUAAGUGGGAGUAAACAAAGUCCCUUCAAGCGACUCAUCUACUCUUCAAUUCAGAAGCAAAAACAGAGAUAUGAAUCAGCUUUGAGACUUGCCAAGUUCUUGAUACGGAAAGAUACCUCAUGGGAAGCUACUGAAUCUGCGAGGAGUAAGUCUAGGACCCCCACACAUGGAGGACCCUCCACUAUUUCCCAAGGACAAGAAGGAGUAAAGGAAGGAAAAAAGGCUAUAAUAAGUCGUAAAAUGAACACGACAAAGACUGCAAAAACUCCAUUAAUUUUGGCGGCUAAGGCAGGCAUUCUAGAGAUUGUUAGAGAAAUAUUCAACAAAUAUCCUCAGGCAGUCGAGCAUGUGGAUGAUGAAGGGUGUAAUGUAUUGCAUAUAGCAAUCAAGUAUCGCCAAAUACAUAUUUUCGAUUUUGUAAUGAAAAUGGAAAUUCCAAUGAGGAGGCUCAUAAGAAAAGUUGAAAAUAAUGGGAACUCUAUUCUACACAUGGUUGGGAUAACGGCAGAAGAUAACAUGGCUGGAGACAUGCGAAGCCCUGCUCAGCGAUUGCAAGAGGACUUGCUCUUGUUUGAGCGUGUGAUGAACAUCUCCUUAGCCCAUUUCAUCGAGAGCGUCAACUUUGAAGGGCAGACUGCUGAAGAACUAUUUGUCAAAAAUAAAGAUAAACUUCGCACUGAGGCCAAAGAAUGGCUACAACGCACUGCCGAGCACUGCUCCAUUGUUGCUGUGCUGAUUGCCACCGUUGCCUUUGCUGCAGCCUACACGGUACCAGGAGGUCCAGAACAAAAUGCUGGUUAUCCCAUCCUCAUCAACCAUCCUUUCUUUGUGAUUUUCACCUUGACUGACGUACUUUCCCUUACAUUUGCUUUGACAUCAGUGAUUACAUUUCUCUCCAUCCUCACUUCCACAUUUCACUUCAGAGACUUCAAACAGUCUCUUCCUCAAAAGCUAAUGCUAGGAGUUACAUUACUGAUUCUGUCUCUGUCGAUGAUGAUGUUGGCAUUUGCAGCGACAAUUAUCCUGAUGAUACAUAAUAAAGAACCGUGGACAAAAGUUGGCUUGUACUCUGUUGCUUUCCUCCCUGUCGCCGUCAUUGCAUCCUCAUACAGGCCUUUUUAUGUACCACUCAUGAAAAGUUUCACGUAUUCGCUCAAGAAACUAGGGAAUAUUAAUCCUCGGUUUAACACUGUUUUUCUUCCAUCUUGUAUCACCAAUUCUUCUACUCAUUCUAGUUCCACCAAACCUUAUAAAUCUCAAGCAGCCCAUUACCUUGUUUGAACUGUAGAUUGCAUCCUUAUUUUAGUACCAUCUUCAAAACACCUUCUCAAUAAAGUUCAAUGUGUCCAUGGAGGAGUGGUUCAUUGUUUCCUCUUUCUAGAUUUGUAAGUACUUUGAGAAAAUAAACAUGAUUAAUAAAUAUGCUGUGUUGAGUGAUA